AUGGACUACAUGGAGCAAAUGGAUGAAGAUCAGCUCAUUGAGUAUGCUAUUCAGAUGAGCCUCCAGGAUGCUUGCGGUUACUCUGUGUUCAGUGAACCACUAAGUGCUUUGGAAACAGCCAGUGAUGAAAACCUGAAGAUUUUAUCUGCUAUAGAUCAAGGAGACACGUUUGCUUUAAGGAAAAUGCACAAAUGCAGUGAAGCCUAUAAGGAAAGAGACAGCAGAGGUUUGCUGCCGAUGCACAGAGCGUGUGUUCAGCCUGAUUCCUGUGUGCUGGAUAUUGUGCUACUGGCGUGCUAUGAUCUGACUAUGGAGGAGACGACAUCUGAUGGAGAAACGCCUCUGACUUUAGCUUGUCAGUCUGGACAUGUGGAGAACGUGAAGGUUCUUCUCCAACAUGGAGCAUCUCCACACAACAUGAACAGCAAGAAUGAGACGCCACUUCUGCUGGCUGUGAGGAAGGACUCCUAUGAUAUGGUUUACGCACUGAUAAUGGGAGGCGCCUCUGUGGAGCAGGUGUGUCUGAGGAAAUGGACGGCCACUCAUGAGGCGGCUAAAGUGGGCUGUGUGGACAUCCUGAUGCUGCUGCUGAGACACGGCGGGAAGGUGAUGGGCAGAGAUGGCCAUGGAGUUACACCACUGGGCAUCGCAGCUGAAUACGGCCAUCCGCAAAUACUGACCGUCCUCAUUCAACAUGGGGGCGACGUCUCUGCACAAGCUACAAACGGAGACAGUGUUUUAUACGACGCCGCAGGUUGUGGAAACCUGGACUGUAUUUGUCUCCUCCUACAACAUGGUGCCAAUCCCAACGUAGCCAGUCUUGCCUAUCAACUUCCAAUUCACCGAGCCGCCUAUGAAGGGCACUACCUAGCUCUGAAGACAUUAAUUCCCAUCACCACAAAAAGGGCCAUCCGGCUUUCCGGGAUGAGUCCGGUUCAUUCUGCGGCAGACGGAGGUCAAGCACAGUGCCUCGAACUUCUCAUUGAAAAAGGUUUUGAUGUCAAUCCAAUACUGGGCUGUCAUAUUUCCGAAAACUAUGGAGACAUGAGGAAAACCCCGCUCUACUUUGCCGUCUGCAAUGGAGACGUGACCUGCACAGAGAUGCUUCUGAAAGCGGGAGCGAAGCCGGAUUUGGACCCGCUGCGCUGCCUCCUGGUGGCGGUCAGAGCUGAGAAGUAUGAGUUGGUGCGGCUGCUUCUUGCGCACGGUGCAGACGUCAACUGCAUCUUUUCCGUCGUCAGUGACACUUUAUUUCCUACAGCGCUGCAAUACUGCUUCAAAGAUGAGAUGAUGCUGCGCCUGCUCCUCAACAACGGAUACCAUGCAGAAAGCUGUUUCGAGUGUUACCAUGACAACAGUGUAAAGACGUACACAUGGUCAGAAUUUCAUAACCAGUCGUACCAAAACAAGAGCACUCCGGAUAAAGUCACUUUUUGUGAGUUUAUUAGUGUGUCAUGGAUGGCACACUUGGCAGGGAGAGUGGUGCAAAUACUCCUGGAUUACGUGAGUCAAGCGCACAUUUGCUCUAAACUGCAACGCAUAAUGGAAAGACAAGAGGAAUGGCCUGACAUCUGUGACAUCCUCAGGAAUCCUCGCUCUCUGAAACACCAGGCCAGACUGGUUAUAAGAAGACAUAUGACACUGAAAAGACUGAAUGACCCGGAGUUCAUGAGCACUGUUCCUUUCCCCCCUGCAUUGAAGAAUUUCCUGCUCUACAAGGAAUAUGAUGUUUAUGGUCGAAUGGGUGAAUACUAG